UGCAGCAGGGCUGAGGGAGACGGAGAGAGAGAAGGUAAGCGGGGAGGCUGCAUCAUGGCGGACAGAGACAGUGGAAGCGAGCACGGUGGAUUCGCCACAGGCCCCGGCGCCGGCCCGAUGCACCCGGGGGCUGCAUCGCGGCUCCAGCACGACACGGAGGAGCUCGCGUCGAAGCGCGUGGACAUUCAGAACAAGCGCUUCUAUCUGGACGUCAAGCAGAACGCCAAAGGCCGCUUUCUGAAGAUAGCAGAGGUCGGGGCCGGUGGAAACAAGAGCCGCCUGACUCUCUCCAUGUCUGUCGCCGUGGAGUUCCGCGACUACCUGGGAGACUUCAUCGAGCAUUACGCCCAGCUGGGCCCCAGCAACCCCGACUUGGUGCAGGACGAGCCCAGGAGGGCGCUUAAGAGCGAGUUCCUGGUGCGCGAGAAUCGGAAGUACUACAUGGAUCUGAAGGAGAACCAGAGGGGGCGGUUUCUUCGGAUCCGGCAGACCGUCAACCGCGGCCCCGGCCUGGGAACCUCGCAAGGCCAGACUAUCGCUCUUCCGGCGCAGGGGCUCAUCGAGUUCCGCGACGCGCUGGCCAAACUCAUCGACGACUUCGGUGUGGACGAGGAUCCCGCGGAGCUGCCCGAGGGCACGUCGUUGACGGUGGACAACAAGCGCUUCUUUUUCGACGUCGGCUCCAACAAGUACGGCGUCUUCAUGCGGGUGAGCGAGGUGAAGCCCACCUACCGCAACUCCAUCACGGUUCCCUGCAAAGUGUGGUCCAAAUUCGGCGCGACCUUCUGCAAGUACGCGGACGAGAUGAAGAAGAUUCAGGAGCGGAGCCGAGAGCGGAGGGCUCGCGAGAUGGUGCCGGAGGGCCUGCAUGGCGACGACGGAGACGAGGACUAAUGCAAAGCGCGUAAAUACAUGUACGUAUGUGCGCCCAGAAUGACAUGAUAAUCAAACGUUACUGUACUGUAAUGUGGGAUUGCUCUACACACACAACCCUCACAGACUCGAACAGUUGCAUCUUCACUCAUCGCCGGAAGUUACCCACUUACCCACCAUUUAACAGUAAGACGCUGCUAUCGACAACAUGAUGUAUGAACCGUGUCCAGGAUGGUGCAGGAGUGUGUGUGUGUGUGUGUGUGUGCGUGUCCCUUUUUACCCACGUGUGUGACACAUCCAAGCGCUUAUGCACUGCAAAAAUCCUCUUGUUUUCCAGUACAGAUAUCUAAUCGAUCCAUUUAAUAGUUUGCUUCAAUCCGGGUUUAUAUAUACGCACGUUUAUUAUUUGAGGAAAAAAUUAAGUUUUAUUCACACCAAACAUUUCACACGGCGAAGAAUGUCAAUAACAGAAAUAUCAGAUAAAGACACUUUAUGUAAAGAAAAAAAGAGCGUUCACACACACGAGUGGGCUCAGUUAAUGCGAUUCCACACACUUCAGCACUGACACCUAUCAGUCAUGUUGCCAACUUGACAUUGGCCGCUUCUGUUUUAUGUAAAAAGAAACUGAUUCUGCAGAUUUUAAAAUGUGCUUUCUUACUAAAAGUGACAUGAAAAUGCUGCUGAUAUUCAGUAUGCAAACUGGGGGGGUUUAAGGAGCAACUGACCCCGCUCCAAACCUACCUUGUAAAAACUUUGGCUUGUCGUUCAUGUUGUUUGCAAAACUAUGUGCACUUUACUGGAAAACAAGUAAUUUUUUUGCAGUGUUACACUAUUUCCAAAGGUGCAAAUUGAAAAAGAGGAAGAAGUAUAUUAAUAAUUAGUGCUCACUUUUGACUUCCAGCACAAAAGCUUUUAUUUAGGAACCGUUUGAAAGGUUCAACAUGCAAACAAACAUCAGAAAUGGUGGUGCAGUGAUGAGUGAGUGCUGUGUAUAGUUCAACACGCGCUCUUGUCAGAAUAUUCUAUCUCUAUAAUGGAUGUCACCCCUUCUGGUUUGACUUAAAGAUGCACUCGGUCAUUUCUAGUUUUUUUUUUGCGCUGGUUGUGCCAUGUUGAGCUAACAUCACCAGCCAGAUUCCGUGUUAUUGAUUGCUUUUAUUUGCAGAAUGCUACAAAUCUAACGUUAAAGGGGACCUAUUAUGCAAAAAUCACUUUUUUAGGGGUUUAAACACAGUUGUGGUAAAACAAAUAGUAAAAGUGAAUUCAUUUUAUUUUUUAUAAUCACACUUAAUAAAAACAGUUUGGAGAAACACUUUGACGUUGUCCUUUGUACACGUCAUCAGAGGGAGAAAGCCCCGCCCUUCAGUAACGAUCUCACUGAGGCAUAGGGAUUUGUAGCUCCGCCCUCUGGUUGGGAGUACAAUAUCAUUUAAAUUUAAAGCGACCAAAAGGGCACAGUGUGGAUCAAACCCUGUAAUACGCAGUUUUUUAAAGAGUUAUAAAUAAUGAUCUGUGGGGUGUUUUGAGCUGAAACCUCUUAAAUACACUCUAGGAACAUCAGAGAUUUUUUUUACAUCGUAAUAAAAGGUCCUCUUUAACUAAAAAUGAACGAGUGCACCUUUAAUUGCAUAUGAUGAAAGCUAGAUGUGUUGUUUACUCGUUUGCCUUUUAACUCUAUAGACAAAGCAAAUGAGAUUGUUUGUUUGCACGCGACUUGCAAUGUGUGCUUUGAUAGCCGCACAGCGAAGGCAUUGCUAAAAACUACGACUGGUUGACGUUUGUUCCUGUUAAAUACGAACCCUGUCGCACCAUGCCCACUGACAUUUGGGCAGACGGUUUCAUUGAAGUGCUAACUUAGAUAUACAAACUAUGAUUUUGUGAAUCAGAUGUACUUAGAUCCUUAUGAAAUUGCCCACGUUUUCUGUGGGAAUUUUUCUUUGUUUUGUUUUUG